AUGGUGACGGCUACACAGCAAAGGGCCCAAGAAUCCGUGACUGUAACUCUUACGCCAAGCAAUAUUCCACCUUUGUUAGAAGAUUCUGAUACAGAGGCGGAGCCCGAUCCUCCUGAUUGGACUAGAAGAGUCGACGAAAAUGUUUUAAAAUCUUUGACACCAAGGGAAAAGAAGAGGCAAGAAGUUAUAAACGAGCUUUUUCACACGGAAAAAACGCACGUUAGAAAACUCAAAGUUUUAGAUCAAAUAUUUUUAAAACCGAUGCAAGAAAAUCAAAUUCUUCCUUCUGAUCAAUUGCAUUUGUUAUUUCAAAACCUUGAAGAGAUGCUGGACAUCCACAGUAGGUUUAACAAUGCGAUGAAAGCUAAGAAAAAGGAGGAUCCCCUGGUGGGAGAUAUCAGUGAUAUUUUAUUAGCCAUGUUUGACGGACCUGCUGGUGAUAAUUUUCAAAGAGCUGCUUCAGUAUUUUGCGCAAAUCAACAAAUUGCUUUAGAACAACUCAAAGAGCGUCGAAGAAAAGACACGAAACUCAGCAAUUUUCUCACGGAAGCUGAGGGAAAUCCUUUGUGUAGGCGGUUGCAAUUGAAAGACAUGCUUCCAACCGUCAUGCAAAGGUUAACAAAAUAUCCUCUUUUGUUCGAAAACCUUGCAAAAUAUUCGCCGAAAGGUUCUGAAGAAGAAAAAUCCGUCCAGCAGGCUGUGGAAAGGAGUAAGGACAUAUUAAAUUAUGUUAAUCAAGCCGUUCGCGCCGUUGAAGAUCACCAAAGACUCGCUGAAAUUCAGAAAAGAUUAGACAAAUCAGCUUUUGAAAAAGUUGAUCAUCCAAUGACUAACGAAUUUAAGAAUUUGGAUUUGCGAACGCACAAAUUAAUUUACGAAGGGUCAUUGAAUUGGCGGAUUGGAAAUCGUCAAAAAUUAAUAGACAUUCACGUAUUGUUAUUGCACGAUGUUAUUAUAUUACUACAGAAACAAGAUGAAAAGUAUGUGCUCAAGUUUUACAAUGUAAACACUCCUUCUGGCGGAGCCCCCGCUCUCAGUCCUAUUGUUAAGGUAUCAUCCGUACUAGUCAGAGAUAAUGCAGUAGAUAAAACGGCCUUAUAUUUGGUGAAUACAUCUCAUAAUUUGGCACAAAUUUAUGAUCUCGUGGCUUCUUCACCCAACGAAAGAAAAAUGUAA